GGCGUGCACGGCCGGACGGAGGGGGUGGAGCUUCGCCUGCCCGUGUGCCUGUCUUCUCUCCAUUGAUUGCCAGCCAGCGGUAGCAGCAGACUCUCACCUCCGCGCGCACAUAAGGAUGAGACAUUCAGAAGUCGAAGACUGAGAAUACUACUUGAAGUUCUCUGCAACAUUUUCGGAACUUUUGCAAAAUGAAGCAAACUCCUCACAUAGUAGAAAACUCAACUGUGAAAGCCCCUAGCAUGGAGAUGAGUCGCGAAUGUUCUGUAUAUCUGAGCAGAACUCCGAUUUCCGCCUCUGUACAAGAGGGGGUCAUACAGAAGCUAAAUGGUCAUGAUGCACUGCCGUUUCUCCCAACUGACAAACUGAAAGACCUGACUUCACGGGUAUACAAUGGAGAGUCCGCUGCUCAUGAGGCAGAUGUGCCUGUUGACUCCCAGGAAACUCAAGGUUCUGAGACUCCUCCCCACACAAGUCCCACCAAGAACGGUUCACCAGAAAUCAAGUUGAAAAUUACCAAGACCUAUAUGAAUGGCAAACCUCUCUUUGAGUCUUCCAUCUGUGGUGAGCAAGGAGAAGAAGCGGCUAAACCGGAAGAAAAUGAAGGCAAAAACAAGAAAGAAAGGAAGCGAAAAAGUAUAAAGUUUGAUUCCUCUGAGGAAAAGUCUAGUGAAGGAAAUCAAGCAGAUUCUGCUCCUGCUGAAUCGUCUGAAGAAAAGUCUGUUUCAGAUCUAGACACGUCCGUUGAGCAGCGAGAGCACGACGACAUUCCGUGUAAGUUCUCCGUUGGAGAUCUGGUGUGGUCUAAGGUGUCCGGAUAUCCAUGGUGGCCGUGUAUUGUGACAUCUGAUCCUGUUCUUCACAGCCACACCAAGAUCAAGGGACAGAAGAAGAGCUUUCGCCAGUAUCAUGUGCAGUUUUUUGGAAAUGCACCAGAAAGGGCGUGGAUUUUCGAAAAGAGUAUUGUGCCUUACACUGGAGAGCAUGAGUAUGAACAGCUCUGCCAGGAGAGCGUUAAACAGACUACAAGCAAAGCUGAAAAAGUCAAGCUUUUGAAACCAAUAACUGGCAAAUUAAAAACACAGUGGGACAUAGGUAUACAGCAAGUGAAGGAAGCCACGCAGAUGACUGUCGAGGGAAGGAAAGAGAAGUUUACUUUCAUUUAUAUUAAAGACCGUCCCCAUCUAAAUCCUAGAGUGGCUGGGAAGGCUGUUCCUACAGAGUCUUACAAAGAUGAUGAGUCCGAUGAACCUUCCGAAAGCCCCAAGAGAGAUGAUGGAGUGCCAAGCAAAAGGAGAAGAGUGUCAAGGAAUACCUCUGCCACCUGUCAAGAGACUGAUCCUGAUUGGAAAACCACUACUGAAAGCUCAGAUGCUAAAGGAACCAUGUCCUUACCCAUCCAGAAAAGGAAGUCAGGAGCACAUAACUCAAGAGGCAGAAAGGGAGACGCUACUCAGUUCCUGGUUUUCUGCCAGAAGCACAAAGAUGAGGUGAUCAGUGAACACACAGAUGCUUCCAGUGAAGAGAUUGAAGAACUGCUCGAGUCACAGUGGAACCUGCUCAGUGAUAAACAAAAAGCUCGCUAUAAUACAAAGUUUGCCAUUCUCACCUCUCCUAAAUCUGAAGAAGACUCUGUGAAUAAAACAACAAACCAACCCUUCUGUAUCCCUCAAGGUUCAACUCCGAAGGACGCAGGGGUAAUCAAGAGGAACAUAAUUCAAGAGUCGCCAAAGAGGAGAUCAAGAUCAAGAAGUAGAUUGCAUGGAAAUACAGGAAACCACACAAAGAUGGACAGCAAGCUUACCGACGAUGAAGAAGCCCCCAGGAAAAGGCUCAGGACCCACAGUCAGAAGCAAGUGGAAAGCAGUACUGAGAAGUCUUCAAAAUCAUGUAGAGGCAGAGAACGUGCCCCUCUAAAGGCCCAGCCAGCAGCUAGCAACCUAUCCGAUGCUUGUAAACCGUUGAAGAAGAGGAAUCGCAAUUCAGAUUUGGGCUCAGUCUCCCGUGGUGCCCGGAAGAGCCUGUCUCCCUUGUCUCUGGCAGAUAAUGAGGUGUCUGACGAGAGGUCUGAAUCCCCAUCAGAGAGUGCAGAUGAGUCGGUCAUGUCCAAAAAGUCUGAAAAGGGAAGUUCAAAGAGGGAGAUUGUCUGUCAGGCGUGUGAGAAAACGGGGGACCUCCUGCUGUGUGAAGGCCUAUGCUUCUCUUCUUUCCAUUUAUCGUGUACCGGCCUCUCUGAAAGGCCAAGCGGACAAUUUCUGUGUGUAGAGUGUAAAUCAGGUAUUCACACGUGCUUUAUCUGCAAGCAGAAGGAUUCUGAAGCCAAACGGUGCAGCGCAAUAAAUUGUGGCAAGUUCUACCACGAGUCUUGUCUGAGGAAGUACCCUUCGGCUGUGUUCGACAACAAAGGCUUCCGCUGCUCUCUUCACCAUUGCGCAAGCUGCGUUGGGUCGAAGUCCAACAGUGCCAGAGUAAUAAAAAAUAAAUUGAUGCGUUGCGUCCGCUGCCCAGUUGCUUACCACAGUGGGGAGUCCUGUAUCGCAGCAGGAUGCACAGUGCUGACACCUUUCAGCAUCAUCUGUACUGCACACUUUGCUGCCAAGAGGGGCAACAGCCAUCAUAGCCAUGUCAAUGUGAGCUGGUGUUUUAUAUGCUCCAAAGGUGGAAGUCUCUUGUGCUGUGAGUCUUGUCCCUCCGCUUUCCACCCUGAAUGCUUGAAUAUUGAGAUGCCAGAGGGAACCUGGUUUUGCAAUGACUGCAGAACAGGGAAAAAACCACAAUACCAAGACAUCAUUUGGGUGAAACUGGGCAAUUACAGAUGGUGGCCUGCAGAAGUGUGUCACCCCAAAAACAUUCCUCCGAAUAUUCAGAACAUGAAGCACGAGAUUGGAGAGUUCCCAGUUUUCUUUUUCGGUUCCAAAGACUAUUACUGGACCCAUCAUGCUCGAGUUUUCCCUUACAUGGAGGGUGAUCGAGGGAGCAAACACCAUGGUGUAAAAAGCAUUGGCAAGGUCUUUAAAAAUGCUUUGCAAGAAGCAGAAGAUCGUUUCUGUGAAAUAAAUUCACAGCGGAAAGCAAAAGAGACUCAGGAAAAUGAGAAAAAGCCACCACCGUAUAAACACAUAAAGGUGAAUAAGCCAUACGGCAAAGUUCAAGUUUACACUGCCGAUAUCGCUGAAAUUCCUAAGUGCAAUUGUAAGCCAUCCAGCGAUAAACCCUGUGGAUUAGACUCUGAAUGUCUAAACCGGAUGCUGAUGUAUGAGUGCCACCCUCAAGUGUGUCCUGCUGGGACGAGGUGUCAGAAUCAGUGUUUUACCAAGCGCCAGUAUCCUGAGACCAAGAUCAUCAAGGCUGAGGGCAAAGGAUGGGGGCUGAUAGCAACUCGAAAAAUAAAGAAGGGAGAGUUUGUGAAUGAGUACGUUGGAGAGCUUAUUGAUGAUGAGGAAUGUAUGGCAAGGAUUCGCCAUGCACAGGAGAAUGACAUUACGCACUUUUAUAUGCUGACCAUCGAUAAGGACCGAAUAAUUGAUGCAGGGCCUAAAGGGAACUAUUGUCGAUUUAUGAAUCACAGCUGUCAGCCAAACUGCGACACCCAGAAAUGGACGGUAAAUGGAGACACUCGUGUGGGCCUGUUUGCUGUGCGGGACAUACCUGCAGGUGAAGAACUUACAUUUAAUUAUAACUUGGAUUGUCUUGGAAAUGAAAAAACAGUGUGUAGGUGUGGAGCUCCUAAUUGUAGUGGAUUCCUUGGGGACAGACCAAAGAAUUCCUCUGCAUCUGCUCAUGAUGAAAAGGCCAAAAAACCCAAAAAGAAGGCAAAACGACGCCGAACAAAAGGCGAUGGCAAAAAGGAGUCUGAGGAUUACUGCUUUCGCUGCAAUGAUGGUGGAGAGCUCAUUUUGUGUGAUAGAAAGGUGUGCACAAAAACCUACCACCUUGAUUGUCUCGAUCUUGACAAAAGGCCUUUUGGAAAGUGGGAGUGUCCAUGGCAUCACUGCGACGUCUGUGGAAAAGCUUCGAUCUCCUUCUGCUGCCUGUGCCCUAAUUCCUUUUGCAAAAGUCACCAUGAGGACAAACAGUUUAGACGGACAAGGGGUGGCAAGCUGUGCUGCAUGGAGCAUGACCAGCGCGAGUUCAAUGAAGUCCAAGCUGCUGAAAACAAAGCUAAAGAGCACUUAAAAGCCAUGCAGAAGAAAAGUCAAACUAGAUAAACACAAAGGACUGCAACACUAUUGUAAAUAUAUAUACCUAUUUGUGAAUAAUUUGUAUGAUGCCCUUUUUUAAUUCAAUGCUGUACAGCCAGCUCACCUCCUGAUUCAGGACACAAUGUACCCACUGAGCCAACCUCUGCAGCCUAGGCUGCAUCUGCACUGAAUGCAAAGCUGUAUUUACUGCAGCUCCAUAACCUGUCAGGACAACCACCUUACACAGCAUUACUGCUAUAGCCUUAUUGGUGGCUUGAUAUUGGAGAGGCUCUCAUAUUGGUUUAAGACGGGAGCUGCUUGAGGUACACCUAUUGAGCAGGUAUUGUUGAGAACCUGUCACCCAUAUACAGUGGAGGUGGUCAUAUAGUAAGCAAAGCUUACAUUCAUCCUCUUGAAUAUUUAGCAUCUAAACACGAUGGGACUAAAUUGCAAACCUAUGUCCCAGUAAAUCUAAAGGAUGGCCGUUGUUGCUUUUAUCGCCCUCCAGAGCAGUUGUAGUGGAGAAUUUUCCGCUGCAAAAAAGUAGCGCCCUUGGGCCUGAUGCAACAGAUUUCAGCAGGUUUUAGUGAAGGGUUUUCUUGACUUUAAAUGCAUGCUUGUUACUAAUUGAGUGAAUUGAUGGGCUUUAUUCUAUAAAGCAUGUCCCAGUGCACCAUAUGGCUGCCCACGAGUUUGCAGCAUUGUUGGUACCAGCCAGUGAAGUGACAGGCUGUGUGUUUUAAAGUGUUGUCCCACCACACAAACUAGCUGUCAAUUUUUACAGUUUCUCGUUCCAGAUUGGUUUUGCUUGUUACCAGUAAAAAUUGUUUUUUGUCAAAGCAAAAUGGUUGCCACCGCUGUUUUGGAUGACAGAAGUUCCUGUUAAAGUUUUUUAUGUUGUGUUUUUCUUUUAUUACAAGACACUAUUUAGCUCCAUCUUGGCAAUACUUAUAUAUUUUAGCGUAUUUUUAUAGUCCAGACAAAAAUUUGUAUAAUCCUUUUAACGGAAUAUAGGUACAUUUAACACAAUAUUGUUUUCAUAGUGUUGUCUUCUUUUAUCUGAGGCUUUUGCUGCAAAUGUCAGUAGUGCUACAAGCGCUGCUUUCACCCGGCCCAAUGACCUGUCCUGGUAACAGGAUUGAACAUGUGGCUAUUUUUUUUUUUUUUUUUUUUACAUCGUGAAAGAUUUUAUAUAUGACUGUUAACUGUGGGAAUUUUUUUUUUUUGUUCUGUGAUUGUUUUACAGAUGUACAGUUGCUACCUCACCUGGGUAAUAUUGUGGUUCCCAACCUGAACAUUUUAUUGUGUGUUUUCUUUUUUUUUUUUUUUUAAGGGGGGGGGGGGGGACGUCCCUAAGUGGGGUGGGUUUGUAAAUCCCUGUGCCUGGGUUCCACUUUUUCUAUUUAAAUCACUCAGUCAAAGGCAACUUUAUUUUUGUAUCGAUGUCAGAAGGCUGCAUGGUCUGUCAGUUCUUAUAUUUCUCAAAUAAUUCAGUGUCUGGGUAGCCAGUUUUUACCACCUGCCAUGACCACCACUCCCUGGACUAGAUUCUCCAUUCAUUAAUUUAUUUAUUUCAUCAUAGAGAAAGGGGCCAUGUGGCUUUUUAUUGUUCCUGUUUGGUAGAAUGAUCAGGAAAAUGGAGGCUGCUGGAAGAACCAUAUUGUGGAGUCAAGCCAAACCUUGGCCACUAAAGAAGCCAAUAUAGUGCAGAAGACCCAUAGAGGCAGUGCAAGCCAUCUGCUGGCCUUCGUAGUCAGGGCAGCUCAGAGGUGGCAGUCGCUGGCAUAGGCGUAAAAUUAGCUUGACCAUUAACUAGCCUGUGUUUGGGCAACUGUAGUCUGGUCAAUCGAAACGUAGCUGCCAUUAUGUGCUCAGUUUCCUCUGAACCACCUUCCUUCAUUGGGUGUUAUACUCUGAGUACUGAAGAUUUCCUGUCAACUUCUAAUGCCUGUGAGCCAGCAAGUCCCCAGAGUGCCCAGCGACAGAUUAUUAUUUUUUUUAUUUAUAUACUUCAUGCCACUCAGCGGGGUUCACAUUUAAAGUACAGGUGGUAUUUGUCUUAGCCAAUGGCUUCAUCUCAGAGUUCAGCUGACGAUGGUGUCAUGGAAAUGUGGCUCUUGUAGAGGCCACAUCACAUUUUCUUCUGUCAACAUUUUAUUAUAUAUUUUUUGUGGUUUGUAUGUUAGGGCCAUGUUUAGCCUGGGAUUCUGCACAAUGCUUUCAGCCCAGGCCUCCUUGAUCUGUAAGUGGAUAAGCAAUGAAUGUGGGCUUAGUAGAAUCUGUGGGAGAGCAGUGUCAGUGAGUAUAUAACAUGUGCCAUAUUUUGUAACAGUUUUCUUGACUUUUAAUUUUGUGAAAUACAGCUAUUUAAAACUAUCCAAGUUCUUCAUGGGUGACUCCAUUUAACCUCCUUUUUUUUUUUUGUUUUUUUUUUUUUUUUGUACCCACACUUCAAAAUUGUGAACCCUGGGAUGCUCACAGUUGUCAGUUUUUGAUCUAGUUGCUGCUUCUUAUGUCUGAGAUCGAAGCAAAGAAUUGUUAACUCCCCAAAGUCUUGUGUGCUUUAAAAAAAAAAAAAAAAAAAACAUUUUUAGAAAGGUCAGCAGUGGCAGAUUGCCUGUCUUUACCUCCAGCUUUAGUUAUGCAAAUCAACAUGAUUGUACUUUACCAGCUCUUUGCUUGUUCAGGGUAUUGCUUCAGACAUACUAAGGCCGGUUUCACACUAUUGCAAAUUGGUUACGGGAUCCCCGCAUCCAAUUCGCAAUAGCAAGGGUAUGUGAGUGUCUCUCUAUGGAGCCGGUUCACAUAUCUGAUGCGGCUCUGCACAGGAGCCUUAUGCGUCUUUUGGUCCGAAUUUGGGCUGAAACAGUGGACCAGGACACACUAGACCCCCUGCUAUGAGCCUCAUUGGGUGUGAACGGAGCCGAAAGCUACAGAAGAAUGGGUGCCAGACAGAAGGUCAGGAAUGGGGGGGCCUUCAUAUUUCAGGUUCACUUCAGUGCAGAUUUUAAUACUUUGCUUUCACUUCCCUGCUACUCUGUUCAGAAGCUUGGAGAAAAAAGGGAAAGCCCUGUGUAAGCUACAAGAUACUGGACUUAUAGUUUACACAGGGCUUAGGGUUCCUUUUUGUGGCGAGGAUUAGUCCAGCACCAUAAGUAUUAACUAUUUUCUUUUGGCUCCUAUUGCUGAACGGGGGAGUGGAAGUAAAGUAUAUGCUGCUGUGGGGUGGGGGUUAAAGCAAACCAGUUGCUUUGCCCUUAGUGUGCCAAACAUGGGUUUUCUAUAAGUGCAUACAAGCAUGUCUUAUUAGUAAAUGACUUCUGAGACCAGUGUUUACCAUUUAAACAUUUAGUUGGAUUUUCUGGCACUCAGCCCAGUAGUUGCCCAUAGUUUGCCAAAUGAUUUUUAAAGCCUGCUAAAGACUUCUUAAAGCGGUAGUAAAGCCCACUUUGUGAUUUUUACCUACAGGUAAGACUAUAACGAGGCUUACCUUUUAGGUAAACUGAAUAUCUCCUAAACAAGCACUGUUUAGGAGAUAUUCACCCUGGGUGCAGCCAGUGACAUCACCAGCACAUGGGCUCUGAAGGUACCAUGUCAGAACGUCAGAGCUUCGUGCCUGAGCCCAAGUGCUCCCACGCACGUGUGUGACAUCAUCGGCCUAAUUGCACGCUCAAGUGUGCAAACCCGGGGGAAGAUGUCGGCCCUCUCAGUGGUGACAGUGCAGUGCUGGAGGGCUUAGUUCUAAGGUAAGUAUUUCUUAGUAUGCGAUGCAUACUAGCACAUUAUGCCAUUGUCCGUCGUACAGGUUUUAGUCUUUUUAAACCAGCAGCUGUUUACAACCGCUUUCAAAUCGCAUUCCUAUGAUGGUGUGAUUUGGCUCUCGCAGCCUGGAGCUGAAGAGUGCUUAGGCUUACAAAAAACUGCUUAACACUUUUUUACUAACAUUUGUAAUGCUAAAAUUUAAAAGCCAUUUAGAAUUCUUUAGUUUUUCAGCUGAGAGGAGACAUUGACUGUUGACUAGGAGUCUCGGGCAUGCAGCAAUCUGUUUGUGAAAAGGAAGCCAUUAGAUAAUGACGCAUAUCAAAGCAGUUUAUGGAGAAUGCAGGCAAGUUUCGUGCAAAGUUUUAUACAAGCCUCCAAAGCACAGAUCUGAGUGUUGUACACAAUUUUUCUAACAACCUCUUCACAGCGGAGAAGGCUGCUGUCUCAGGAUUUUGAUGAUGCCAUGUACUGUACCAGGGAAUCAUUCACCCAGCAGUGUGUUUGUGUAAAAGCAGCCAAAGCAACUUUAUGGACCAGAAACAAAAUUGGAUCUCCAGUGGCAGGGGAUACCUUACAAAUGUUGCUUAUGUUGUCUUCUGCCAAAAAUCAUUUUGUGUAAGGUCUCAGUGACUUGACUACACGUUUACUUCAUUGUAAUGUCACCUGUCAUAUUGUGGUUAGCUUGCUGUUAGGCAUUCUGAUUUUUGUCAUUGAAUUUCAGAUAUUUCGUUUUUUAAAAGUUUUGUUAAGAAAAAGUUUUUAGUUUUGUACUAUAGAGACUGAUUUCUGAAGAAUGAUUUUUGCAUUAUGGUAUACAUCACAUAUCUCUGAAUAGUGUUACCUGUAUCACAUUGUUUUUUUCGUACUGAAGCUUCUGGCCUGGGCUCCCAAAAUCCUUUCCUGUUUUUUUUUUUUUUUAUUCUAAUUUUUUUGUUAAAGUAUAUUGUUUCCUGAAGAGGUUCUACAAUGAACAGUGAUUUAAAUACGCACUUUAUUAUUUUCUAAUGCCAUUUUAAUUUUAUCAUUACUCCAACUUGAAACAUCCUACAAAGUUUUUGUUAUAUUUUUUUUUUUUUUUCUCACCGAAAUAGAACUUUUUUUGGUUACCUAA